AUGCAAGAAAAAACUAAUAAUCCCCUUAUCCUUUCCACGAAGGUUUUUACCUUCUUCCUCAUUGUCUGCGCUUGGAAGUAUCCCUUCCAGUCCUCCUCCUUUAGAAACUCAUCCAGCACGAGUAACUUGAAUAACACAUUGGGUGAACUCAGGGGAAGACUUUUAAAGGGAGGCACGGCAGUAGAGAGACACGCACAAGAUGCUGUGCUACGAGAAAGGCUAGUCAACAUACUCCACGAUGAUGACGAAACGAUUAAAGAUCGAUUAAACGAGUUGAUACAAGAGGAGAAACGCAAAAAAAACGUGGAAUCUACAUUAAGUAAUGGAAAGUUGCUUGAUGAGUUAACGCAAAGUAGCAACUCGGGAAAAGGAGCCAAUGCAUCGCAACGCCAAGGCAAACAUAAGAAGUAUGCAAAUACAGGACGCUUUAAGGUCGAAUCUACCGACUCGCUAAAUUUGUCAAUCGAAAUUAACGGUUCCACAGGCUCGCUAAGUGGAGCAAUUAACACGAUCAGUUCCACAGGAUCACUAAAUAGAAAAAUGGACAAUGGCAGUUCCACGAAGUCGCUAAGCUUACGAAGCGAUGAUGACGCAUCUUCGGGGUCGCUAAGCUUACGAAGUGAUGAUGAUGCAUCCACGAAGUCGCUAAGCUUACGAAGCGAUGAUGACGCAUCUUCGGAGUCGCUAAGCAUACGAAGCGAUGAUAACGCUUCCACAGAGUCUCAAAGCCUCGACAGCACCAGCAAUGACUCCACAACAACUAUGGAUUCGAUCCAACUAGAUGAUUAUUUAGAAAAAGAAUUUGAACUCGAGCUAAGUGACAACGGUAGUAGGGGAUCAAUAAGCCUUGAUGAUAAAUAUUACGUACAAGAUACCAUUACAGAAAAAAAUGAAAAAUAA